UUGGCGGUUUAAAAGCACCACCAUUUCCAUUUUUGCGGUUUCCAACUUUUCUCUUCCUCUCUUCAAGCUAAGCUCGGAUCUUCACCUUCUUCGCUGGUAUUUUGACCUGAGAAGCAGAAGACUUCAGUGAAGUGUUUUAUCCCAGUAGUUGACGGUUGAUCACAACAAUAAUCAUGUUGAUAUGCCUUUUCUUGUGGUGCUAGAGCUGCUAAUCCGUAUCAGGACCUGUAGGAUUGAGCUUCAAAGUAAAUCACAUUAUGGAUCAAGAAGCGCAUUUCUGCCGGAAGUUCACAAAUAUGAAAUCUCAUUGGUGUAAUGGAAUUUUUAGGAUCUUGAUCAACUGCUGGGUGAUGCCAAUCAAGUAGGGGAAUUCCAUGCAGCAAACAAUCUGCCGAAUACAUCACAGAUGCAGAAGUUGCUGAAAAUUCUUUCAGACAGAAUAGGGGAUUGCAUUUGGGAAACUUAAGUUCAGAGUGCAAGUCUCAGGGAUCAAGCAGGAGUGAUGCUGAUGCUUUUGGGAUAUCAGAAUUGUCAGCAGCAAUGAUAAUGGAGGCUGAAUACAAUGAUACACAUGUUGAGAGGGGUUUCACUCAUGAUUUGUGUGCUGGUACCAAUAGUAGUCGUGUAACACCACUUGAAGGAAGCAUCUGUGAUACAAUACUUGAUAAUAGAAAUAUCCAUAAAUUGGUAAACUUAAGUUCAGAGUGCAAGUCUCAAGGAUCAAGCAGGAGUGAUACAGAUGCUUUUGGAAUAUCAGAAUUGUCAGCAGCAAUGAUAAUGGAGACUGAAUUCAAUAAUACACAUGUUGAGAGGGGUUUCACUCAUGAUUUGUGUGCUGGUCUGAGGACCAAUAGUAGUCGUGUAACACCACACGAAGGCAGCAUCUGCGAUACAAUACUUGAUAAUAGAAGUAUCCAUAAAUUUAAUACUAAUGAAAGCUAUAUAGAAAAUCGUGAUUUAUCUGAUGAAAAUGUGAAGGGUGAUAUUGUGGCAAGCAAACUCGUCAGUUGUUCAAGGGAGAGGAGAUUGCGUAAGCCUACACGAAGGUUCAUUGAAGAAUUUUCAGAUUCUAAGUCUGAAAGUAACAAGGGAAGGAAAAAAACUCCUACAAAAGAUAAAUACAUGAAAGGGACAUCUACUGAAGAAUCUAGUCAUGUUAGCCAUGAGGUACAGGUGUCCACGCCUAAAAGUGAAUGGCAUUGUGGUACUUCUGUUCCAGUGCAGUCUCGAUCUCAAAGAAGACAUCCAAAGAAGCAUGUACCAGUUUCGGGAUUUCUAUCAGAAGAUGUAUAUUCUGCAACAGAGUGUAAAAAUGUUUAUUCUAUAUUACAGGGAUUUCUAUCAGAAGAUGUAUAUUCUGCAACAGAGUGUAAAAAUGUUUAUUCGUCUGCUAAAAGAUGUAAAAAGCAUGAUAGGAGGAAGCACCAGAAGAUGUGGACCCUUACUGAAGUAAUGCAAUUAGUUGAUGGAAUUGCUGAAUAUGGAACUGGCCGCUGGACUCAUAUAAAGAGGCACCUAUUUGCACAUUCUCCUCAUCGCACACCUAUAGAUCUCAGGGACAAAUGGCGAAAUCUUCUGAGAGCUAGCUGUGUUAACAUACAGAACAGAAAAGGGAUCGAACGGAAGCAAUCACAUGCCUCACGUCCCCUUCCAAAGUCCCUGCUCCAACGCGUCUAUGAACUGGCCAAUAUUUAUCCAUAUCCAAAGGAGCGCAGUCCAAAAUCAGUCGAAGCAACUACACCUGCCCCGGAUCUUACUGAAAGUAAUGCUUUGCCAUUCAAUUGGGGGCGGAAGAAGGACGAAUGACAUCUACUUUGGAAACACCCGAAAGGCCUUUGCAAUGAAGUGGAAGUUCAAAUAAUACUUGUAAUUAGAUGUAAAAAGAUCUCUGCUUUUGUUUUGAUCCUAUUGU